AUGUCACCAUCAAGAGGACUCAACUCCUCCGUCUUGAGAAUUCUGCGGCUCUCAAAAGUAAAAUUGAAUUCCAAUCAAUCUCGAACCAUCUCCAUUUUCACAGAAAUACCUAAAGCCAAUACUCAAAUAUACGUUUCCCGAAGUCAUUCUCCGUACCUGAACUUGUCAAUCGAACAUCAUCUGUUGACGAAAUCGCCAGCGGAGUCCACGAUUCUCUUCCUCUACACAAACAAACCCUCGAUAAUUAUCGGCCGAAACCAGAACCCCUGGGUAGAAUGCAACCAUGCAGCUAUACGCAGCAGUCCUCUGCAACCACUGCUUGUCCGUCGGCGAUCUGGAGGGGGAACAGUCUGGCACGAUGAAGGAAAUGUGAAUUACAGCGUCAUCUGUCCAACUGAAAAGUUCGACAGGAAUAAGCAUGCGGAAAUGGUGGUUCGUGCACUGCACUCAUUAGAUGUGCAAGGCGCAAAGGUCAAUGAACGGCAUGAUAUUGUGAUGAAUACUCCAGAAAGUACGGUGCCGUUCAAGAUCUCGGGAAGCGCAUACAAGCUCACAAGGCUACGGAGUUUGCAUCAUGGUACCUGCUUGCUAAGCAGUCCCAAUCUGAAAGAUAUUGGGAAGUAUCUGGGCAGUCCGGCUAAGAAAUUCAUCAAGGCUCGAGGGGUGGAUAGUGUGAGGAGCAAGAUUACCAAUGUCCACGUCGGAAACGAAGACUUUGAGAAUGCAGUCGUGGAGAAAUUUAGAGACAUGUAUGGAAAUGUCGAGACUACAUUCGUCGGAGAAGAAGAAGGAACUGUACCAGCGAUUGAAAAAGGCGUCGAGGAACUUAGUUCUCCCGAUUGGAUAUAUCGUCAAACUCCUCAAUUCCACUUCUCAUACCCAUCCGCACCCGCUUCAGAAGAACUUGAACCAGUACAGACACGUUCAUGGAAUAUCGCUUUUAUAGCUCGAAAUGGUGUCAUAACCAAAUCAAUAGAACACAACAUCUCCUCUGCACCAGGUGAUUCAAAUUCUUCAUCCGUCGAGAAUAGUAUCAUAGGCACGAAUGUCUACGAAGUUACGGAUUGGGCUCAUAUACUUCCAGUACAUGAGCAACAGGAAAUCCCAGUUGCAAAGGCUAUGAACGAUAUGCUCUUGGUUGGUGUGACACCAGCACAGGGAAUAUAA